AUGAGUGAAUCCAGACAGGAAUUGCUGGCAUGGCUUAACAACCUGCUUCAGCUGAACCUCACGAAAAUUGAGCAGUGUGGAACCGGUGCUGCCCUCUGCCAGAUCUUCGAUUCGAUCUUCAUGGAUGUUCCCAUGUCUCGGGUCAAGUUCAAUGUGAACACGGAAUAUGCCUACCUUCAGAACUUCAAGGUUCUCCAGAAUGUCUUCGCCCGCCACCAAGUCAACAAGCCCAUCCCCGUUCAGUCCCUCACAAAAUGUCGCAUGCAGGACAACCUUGAGUUCCUCCAAUGGGUCAAGAAAUACUGGGAUCAACACUACCCUGGCGGCGAAUAUGACGCCCUCAGCCGGCGCAAAGCCUCCGGUGCCCCUGCUGGCGCUGGUGCCUCUUCGCGCGCCCCCUCUGCCGGCAGCGCACGCCGCGGAGUGACCCCCACAACUGGUGGCGCCCGUCCCCGGGUUGCCACAGCUGCCAGUGGAGCGGCCACCGCUGCCCUCCAGCAGGAAAUCUCGACACAAAAGGAAGCGAUCGCCGGACUGGAGAAGGAGCGCGACUUUUACUUUGCCAAGCUGCGUGACAUCGAGCUGCUGCUGCAGAGCGCCAUCGAAGCCGACCCCGAGCUCGAGAAGGAGGAAGACACGCUUGUCAAGCACAUCCAAGGCAUUCUGUACUCGACCGAGGAUGGAUUCGAGAUCCCCGCUGAAGGAGAAGAGGUUGGGGCUGACGAGCUCGAGACUUUCUAA